AUGGGAAGAAAGAAGAAGACUCAAGUCUUUGUCCUCAAGCCAUGGUGCUGGUACUGCGAGAGAGAAUUCGAAGAUGACAAGGUUCUGCUUCAACAUCAAAAGUCAAAGCACUUCAAGUGUCAGCUCUGUCCACGUAAACUCAAUACCGCCGGCGGUUUGAUGGUCCACAGUCAACAGGUGCACAAAACCGAGCCUGAACCGUUGACAAAUACACUGCCGGGCAGAGAUAGCUUCGAUGUCGAAAUCUUUGGUAUGGAGGGCGUGCCGACCAACGCACUGGCCGAAUGGAAGGCAAGGAAGGAGACCGAGGCAGGAUCAGUGGCCUUGGCCGCUGCGGCGGCGGCUCAUCGGCCAAGACACGCAUACACCGUUAUACCCGAGGCCGACCUGCAAGCUGCUCUCGCGCAGCACCGAGCAUUAAUGGCAAAGCGCAACAACCCGCUCCCGCUUCCAAAUUACCCCCCACCUGCUUUCUAUCCCCCGGGAAUGCCCCCAGGCUUCCCAAAUGCGUACCCCAUGGGCAUGCCUCCGCCAACAAUGCCGCCAAUGCCAGGAUUCUUACCUCCCUUCCCACCAGCCAUGCCUCCAGCGCUGGCCAGUCCCUCGGUGGAUCGAACAGCUCUUCGGUCAGUCGGCUUGUCCAGUCCAGCACCUACACCACAGCGGCAAUCCAUGGCGCCAGAGGUUGUGGUUCUGCCACCGAAGGACGGCACCAUCUGGCCCGACGUGGAAGCCAGUCCGGCGGAAAAGCGUGCGCAGCAACCUCGAUAUCGUUAUCAAUCUCCCACCGAGGGGUUGGAUCAGGGAGAUGUUGCGAAUGGGCGGAAACGAAAAGCCGCAGAAGACUUUUUGUAA